AUGGUCCAAACCCUAAACUUUCUCGUACCCUCUUUACACCCCAACACACUAAUCGACCUAUCCUUCCCAUCCCCUUCAUUAGACUUGGUCCCCUCCGCACCCGAACCUAUAGUCCAACAUCUCCCAAUCAAAUAUGGCGAAUACCAGUCUCUAGGUCGAUCUAAGCGGAUGGUCAAAUCUGGUGAAAAUCAAGUGGUGAUUGCCGAUGAUAAAUUUCAGAUAUCCACUUUGGACUUAUCUCCUCUGGCUCAGGAGGAAGCUUCUCCGCCUGUUGUCAGAGCGCAGGAAAGUGUCAAGGCGAGAAAGAAAGAUAUCUGGGCCGGGCUGGUGGCUGUACAGGGCGGAGUAAUCUCUGCUCUCACCUCCGGCCUACUGACAUACCACCCCUCUUCCUCAUCUUCCGAUGACACACCAUCCGCCUCAACCUCCCGUACGCGAUCGGUACCCUCCCCUAUACAAUGUCUUACAUCCACUUCUGCGUCCCCAAACACAUUCGUCACAGCAGGUAAAGAGGUGGACGUAUCGAUAUGGGAUAUAGAACGUACCUUUGGAUCAUCGGGGAUGGACGAGGAUGGUCCGUCAAAGAACUGGGAUAGUGGUAAGAGGAAGAAGAACGUUUAUGAAGUAGGGCAGAUAUGGCAAGCUAAGAAUGUUCCUCAAAAUAAUCUAUCUCUCAGACAACCCAUCAACCACCUCUCACUCACCUACCUCGACGAGUCACCGUACUUACUAGUGAGCGGUACGAAAGCGGGAACCAUACGAAGAUACGAUACAAGGCAGCGAAAACCUCUGUCGGAUUGGAAAGUAGCUAGGGAAGGUGGGAUAGGAUGUGUAGCAUCAGGUGUAGAACACGAGCUAUUCUUCUCUGAUCAAUCUAAUCUCCUCUCCUCAUUGGACUUACGUACUGGCAAACCCCUUUAUACCUAUUCUCAAAUGACCUGUACACCACAUCACCUCUUAUCCAUCCCGCUCUCUGCAACGGAAUUGGAAGGAGGAAAUACGGGAAGUAGGAGGGUAGGAUUAGGAAGUAUCUCAUCGGACGCUACGUUCAGAUUACAUACCUCCACUACACCUCCCUCGGACGAACAGAAAGCUAACUUCGGAGGAGAAGGGAAGAAGGGCGAGAUAUUGAAGAUGGUGGGUGGAGUAGGUGUAGGAGAAGGUAUAUGGAGAGGAUACGGCGAGAGAACUAUCGUACCUCCAAAAGUCGAUAAUGAAGCUGGUGAGGGAGAUGAAGAGGAGGUAGACGAUGAACAAGUAUGGGAAGAGAUGAGCGAAGUUCAAGAUCAAGGCAAGAGUUUGAGUGAUAAUGAGGAAUAUUCAGAUUCGGAAGAGUCGGAUUUGGGUGAGGAAGAUAGGGUGGUGAUUAAGAGUAAACCUAAGAAGAAGGCCAGGAAGAUAUAA